AUGCCGCGGCAGCCCAGCGCGACCAGCGCAGCCCAGGCAACGCCAGAGGCCUCCCAAGCAGCCUGGAGCCCCAGCGAGCCGACCUACAUCUGCACCAGCGUGACCGCGGACAGCGUCGAGGGCGCGCUCGCCGAAAUCGAAGAGGCGUCGGCUGCGGGCGUCGAUGUCAUUGAGCUGCGCCUGGACUUUCUCAGCACAUUCGACCCGUCCUCUGACCUCAAGCGCCUGAUGGACGCCUGCAAGGUGCCCUACAUUGUCACGUACCGCCCCACCUGGGAGGGCGGCAACUACUCGGGCCCCGAGCCCGAGCGCCUGGCCACCCUCAAGUAUGCGGCCAUCCUGGGGGCGCCCUAUGUGGACGUCGAGUUCAAGGCCGCCCACCUCUUCUUCGCCGAGACCAGGGGGGAGGUCCCCGUGUCAACGCGUGUCAUCCUAUCCAGUCAUGACUUCCAGAAGACCCCGCCCCGCGCCGAGCUGCACGCGCGCGCCGCCGCGAUGCGCGAGGCGGGCGCCGACAUCGUGAAGAUAGCGGCCAUGGCGAAUGACAUCACCGACGCGGCGGCCGUGCUGUCGCUCCUGCAGGAGAAGACGGGCCCCACCAUCGCUCUGUCUAUGGGCGAGCGCGGCCAGAUCACGCGGCUGCUGGCGGCCAAGUACGGCGGCCACCUCACGUUUGCGGCGCUCAGCGCCGACCGCGCGUCAGCGCCGGGGCAGCCCACCAUACAGCAGCUUCAGGGCCUGUACCGCUUCCGGAAGCAGGGCCCCGGCUCAAAGCUCUUCGGGAUUAUUGGCAACCCGGUGCACCACAGCAAGAGCCCCCUCAUCCACAACAGCGCCUUUGAGCACAUCGGGUUUGACGGCGUGUAUGUCCCCUUGUUGAUCGACGACAUGCCCUCAUUCUUGGAGGCUGUCAAGGGCCACGACUUUGCGGGCUUCAGCGUCACCAUCCCCCACAAGCAGGCAGCCUUGGACGCGGCGUCCGAGGUUGACCCCGUCGCCGCCCAGAUCGGCGCGGUCAACACGCUGGUCAAACGGCAGGCGGGGGACGGCAGCGAUGACGUCAGCGGCGGCUGGAAGGGGUACAACACGGACUGGCACGCGGCGAUCGGCGCGAUCGAGCGCGGCCUGUCCGGCGGGCAGCAGCAGGGGGCGAGCGCGAGCGGCGGCAGCGCGGGCAGCGGCAGCCCGCUCGAGGGCCGCACGUUCGUCGUCGUCGGCGCCGGCGGCGCCGGCCGCGCGCUCGCCUCGCGGCGGCGGUGCCGGGCGGCGGGGCGGGGGUAG